AUGUCUUCGACUGCGACGGAGACUAAUAAUGACCUCCGUCCUCGUCACAGACGCCGCUUUUCAACGAACGAUGCCCAGCGCAACCUUCGUCUGGCUAUCUGCCAGCGCCUGCCUCAUUCACUUGAGGCACUCGACCUCUCAUCUAACUCAGCUAAAGAAACUUUUAUUGCGCUCAGGUACCUUGUCCUGUCGUACUUAGAAGACAUUGAGACGCGAUUGGCCAAACUCGAGUCUCCAAUCACGCCGAUUACUGACCUUCACCUCACUGAGGCUUUGAGGAGUAAGGGUGGUCACUCUGUCGAAGAAGCCAGACAAUGGGCCAAAGAUGCCCUCGAGAUGCUCCGUAGUAUUCGAACGGACGUAUGCUCUCACUUCCCGGACCUCCAUCUCCUUGACAUGUCUCCAGUAAAGUCUCAUCUCCCUGAACUCCCUGACGUUCCUUCCCUGAGCGACGUCCGCUCACGUCUACCUGACAUUCCGGACGUCCGUCCACACAUGCCAGCCCUAGCUCCGAGCGACAUCACAUCACUAUUAGAACAUGCCUGCUCGCGCUUUUCCGACUUUGACUUUUCCGGUUAUCUGCCAACUCUUUCCGCUCGCCUCCAGUCCUUCCAUGCACACCUACGUUCAUUUGACCCUCGCUCUAGUGAGCUCCCAUGUCUCCCGGGAAAUUCACGUUUAUCCAGCCUCAUUGAUUCCAUCAUGUCCUCCGAACUCAUCACUGAGCUAUCUGAUGAUGUCACUGAAGCAGAGGCUAUUUUAGAAGUAGCGGCGAAGGACAUUGCUCGUGCAGUAAAACAAUCGUUCCAAGGAUCACGGCUAAUUAAGUACGUCGACCUUCCGCCAAAAUGGCGAAACAACCAAUUUGUAAAAGGAGGAUAUCGGUUCAUUCCCCUUGAAAAAUGGCCGCUUAUUAUCAUGUCGUUGUUCGCUGUACACAAUGAAACAUUGAACAUACACACGCAUCUCGUUCCAUUCGUUCUUUGGCUAGUCAACUUAAUAUCCAUAUUCAAUGCAUCGACUCUCAUAGACGCCCCGGAGGUGGCAUUCAUAUCAUUUACACUUCUGUGCCUCUUCAGCAGUGUGCUCUGGCACACCAUGGCUGGCUGCGCACAUCCACAGGGCAUGGAGCUUUGUGCGCGGAUAGACUAUGUAGGUAUUGGAUGGCUUAUCAGCGCCUCAGUUGGCACUGUGGUAUACUAUGGCUUCCAGAAUUGUCAUCCAGAAGUGGGAAACGCAUUUCUUGUUUGUUGCUUGAUGACUGGGAUUGCAGGGAACGCAUUCCCAUUCUUCAAAUGGUUCGAUCAAGCCGAGUAUAAACACUGCCGCAUUGCUUUCUUUCUGUCCCUGGCAUUUACUGCUGCCGCCCCGAUGGCAGCCCUUUCAUACUUGCAAUCACCUGCGCAGAUGUGGGCCUUCAUCAAUCCCAUUUGGCCCUCUAUCACAUCAUACCUCAUUGGCCUCGUCUUCUACGCAACAAACAUCCCGGAGCGUUUCCUUCCCGAGCGGUACUCUCACUGGCUGGACUGGUGUGGUGGUGGUUCCCAUGCAAUCUGGCACAUUUUUAUUGUCAUUGCUAUCGGCCAACACCAUGCUGCGAUGGCAGAGCUCCGGCACGGUGUCGAGUGUCGUGCUGUGUCAUGA